GCCAGACAAAGGCGCUGCGCGCUGAUUGGCUGCGGCCAUGUGCGCUCUGUUGUCCCCCAGCGCCCGCAGCUCGGCCCCCAUUCACAUGCUAAUAAGCCUCUAUAAAUACUAACAACAGCCUCUCAGCGCCAGCAGCACUCCUCAAAAGGACUGUACAAUAAAAAAAAGAGGGCGGCUGGCCUCGCCUGCGACUUUAUCUGCUUUUUUGCUCUGUCCUCGACCGGUUCCGUUAGAGGAGCGGAGACGCGUGGAUCCAACCAACAUGGCCCCUUCGGUUCGGCCCAACAACAUUGGAGUAUGCCUGGAGGAAGAGGAGUCCGACUGCGGGGUGCAGAGGGCGGACAGAAAGACCAGGAAGCCUCUGGUGGAGAGGAAGAGGCGAGCACGCAUCAACGACAGUUUGCUGGAGCUGCGGACUCUGCUGGCUGAUUCGGAUCUUCACUCCAAGAUGGAGAACGCAGAGGUGCUGGAGAUGACGGUGAAAAAGGUGGAGGAGAUCCUGAAGAACCGAGACCAAGAGACGGAUCGAGUCAGCCAAGAGGCCAGCGAGAGAUUUGCAGCCGGGUACAUCCAGUGCAUGCACGAGGUCCACAUGUUUGUGUCCAGCUCUCCGGGGAUCGAUGCCACGGUGGCAGCAGAGCUGCUCAACCACCUGCUGGAGUGUAUGCCCCUGAACGAGGACCACCUCCAGGACAUGCUGACGGACCUGCUGGCCGACACGUCCGAGAGCAACGCCGGCACCUGGCUCCGAGCUGGCGAGGAGCUCUGCAUGACCCCAGCGUCGUCGCCGGGGGGACGGAGUCCGUCCAGCGGCGAGACCUCGGCCCUCUCCCCAGCACUUUCCACCACGUCCAGCGAGGACUUGUGCUCGGACCUGGACGAGACGGACAGCGAACACAACCAGAGCUCGACAGAGGCGGCGGAGAGCAGAGAGGCUCUGAGCGCGGCCGCACUAACCUAUCCUCGCUCCAUGUGGAGGCCGUGGUAGGGGCACGCCCCAAUUCUGGAUGGGAUGCCAAAACAGCAAUUGUGGACUUUUCCUCGUGUGAUACUGAGCCUCCUGAUGGAAAGAAAACCCCACCCCACAACACAUGAGUACCAUUUGUUUUUUUUAUAUAAUUUAUGGAUUUGAACCGAUUGAGACUGAACCCAUGCACUAAUGUCCUUCACUAUAAUUUCUUAUUUCUGAGUGUGUUCUGCAAGAGAUAAAGAGACCAAAAUGACCUCCGACCGAAGCCUCGACUGAGGAAUCAGCAGUGGAACUGCUGAUUACUGAAUACAGGCCAGGAGAGGUCAAGACUGUGCAUUUUUAUUCAUCCUCUGCUUUUUGGGAAAUAUAGGAGAAACAACUGAAUAAAACACAAAUAGACAGUUCAAGCUGACCGGACAACAUUUCACUCCAAAACACCCAUAGAGCUCAAAAACAGUUUAAUGUUGAAGAGUGGAGUUGCCUUUCAUGUCAUCGUCGGGGCCUCUCAGGGCCCCCCACCUUGGGACCCCCUGAAAGGACUCCUUCUGUCCGUACUAACGCCUUGGCUUUGAUUCCUCUCUUGAGACUUCUAUUCACACCUGGAGGAAGAACAACGGCCUCCCCUCUCAAAAAUCAUUACCCAACAAAGGACAGAAAAGGACCAAUUCUAGAUGCUCACACUUGUUCCGUGUAUAUGUGUGUAUAUGGGAGUUGUAUAAGGAGAAAAGGUCUUUUUUAGAACCCCACAAGUCUGAUUAAUAUAAAUAUUUGUAUUGCAUUUCAUACAGUUGUGUAGUUUAUUGGACACAUAGCCUCCUUAAGGUGAAUUUAUGUCAUAUUGAUGCUUAGAAAUACAAGUGAAGUGUCUGAAAUUGCUCAAUAAAGUGUAACAUUUG